CCCUGUAAUAGAAUUUUAAUGAGAAAAAUUUCAAUGUCAGCUGGUGAAAUUCACUGUAUAUCCAAAACCAACCUUGUACUAAAGCAGUGCGGUACCCUAAAAAGGUUUCGGUUAUUCAUGCUUUCAAAGACCCAUUUGUUUAUUUAAAAGGCUGAAAAACCUGGAAAGCGACUUCCAGUAAAGGUCGUUUACGCUUCUUCUUCUUCAUCUUCAAACAAUCAAACACUUUGCCUGCAAUACAAUUCACCAUCACCUUAAUCCACUGUUUCUUCAAAGAAAACUGAAAUGAAGUACGUUUUGAUUACUGGAGGAGUCGUAAGUGGACUUGGCAAGGGCGUCACCGCCAGUAGCAUAGGCGUUGUUCUUCAAGCCUGUGGCCUUCGUGUUACUUCCAUUAAAAUUGAUCCUUAUCUCAACACGGAUGCUGGAACCAUGUCGCCUUUUGAACAUGGGGAGGUUUUUGUUCUUGAUGAUGGUGGAGAGGUCGAUUUGGAUUUGGGUAAUUAUGAGCGUUUCCUAGAUGUCACCCUUACUAAAGACAACAACGUUACUACUGGAAAGAUUUAUCAGUCUGUCCUUGAUAAGGAACGAAAAGGUGAUUAUCUCGGAAAGACCGUUCAGGUGACUUUUGUUAUUACCGAUCAUCUAUCUACUUUUGUAUGCAUGAAGAAAGUAACAAAUAACAAUAAGUUCAUGUCCUUUUCACUUUUGUGUGGAUCCCAGGUUGUUCCACACAUCACAGAUGCUAUUAAGGAUAGGAUCGAGGCAGUUGCUCUUAUUCCUGUGGAUGGAAAAGAGGGUCCUGCUGAUGUCUGUGUGAUAGAGUUGGGAGGCACUGUUGGUGACAUUGAAUCAAUGCCAUUCAUUGAGGCUUUACGACAGUUGUCCUUUUCAGUUGGGAAAGAUAACUUCUGCCUCAUUCAUGUCAGCCUAAUACCUGUGCUGGGUGUAGUUGGAGAGCAAAAAACUAAGCCUACACAACAUAGUGUCCGAGAACUUAGAGCAUUAGGCUUGACUCCUCAUCUGCUUGCAUGUCGCUCAGCUCAGCCAUUAUUGGAUAAUACAAAGAUGAAACUUUCACAAUUUUGUCAUGUUGAGGCUGCGAACAUCCUAAAUAUUCAUGAUGUUCCCAACAUUUGGCAUAUUCCUCUUUUACUUAGAAACCAAAAUGCUCAUCAUUCAAUUCUGAAACAGCUCAAUUUGCUCAGCAUUGCCACACCUCCAGAUUUAGAAGCUUGGACCAGGAGGGCAGAAACAUUUGAUAAUCUCACUGAUUCUGUGCGGAUUGCAAUGGUGGGAAAGUAUGUUGGUCUGACAGACUCAUAUCUAUCCGUUGUGAAGGCACUUUUACAUGCUUGCAUUGCAUGCUCUUUGAAGCCUUCUAUUGACUGGAUUGCAGCUUCAGACCUUGAGGAUGAUACUGCCCAAUCGGCACCAGAAGCUUAUGCUGCUGCGUGGAAGAGUUUAAGAAAUGCUGAGUGUGUUCUAGUUCCUGGUGGAUUUGGAGAUCGUGGUGUGAGUGGAAUGAUAUUGGCUGCAAAAUAUGCUAGAGAGAACAAUGCUCCCUAUCUUGGCAUUUGCUUGGGCAUGCAGAUCUCUGUCAUUGAGUAUGCCAGAUCUGUUCUUGGUUUAGAAAAGGCAAACAGUAAUGAGUUUGAUGAUGAGACACCUGAUCCUGUUGUCAUUUUUAUGCCUGAAGGCUCCAGAACACAUAUGGGAAGCACAAUGAGACUGGGAUCUCGAAGAACACUAUUUCAGACCCCUGAUUGUGUUACUUCUAAAUUGUACUGCAAUCCGUAUUAUGUAGAUGAACGACACCGGCACAGAUAUGAGGUAAACCCAGAUGUCAUCGGGGUUCUUGAAGAAGCUGGGCUAAAAUUUGUUGGGAAGGAUGAAACUGGGAAAAGGAUGGAGGUUCUGGAGCUUCCAAGUCAUCCAUUUUAUGUUGGUGUGCAGUUUCAUCCAGAAUUUAAAUCACGGCCGGGGAAGCCUUCAGCUCUAUUUUUAGGUCUUAUAUUAGCUGCAAGGGGAAAAUUAGAAGCAUAUCUUACAAGGCAUCAAAAUGGAAGUUGAUUUACUAGUUAUAUCGAUACAUCCAAAUCAGUUUUACAAGGAGGAAAUUGGUAGAUUGGAGGUCUUGUGUUAUAGGUAUACCCAAAGAGGGUUCCUCAAGUGAAUCUUAUUGCAAUAGAAUUCGAGUUAAGGCACAUAUUAUGGUUGGAGCUCUUACUCGAUGUGUUGUUUCUUAUCUGCUGUGAUCCAGGAAUAUAACCUGAUGAUAUAUUCACAGGCCAAAUUUUCGGGGUGAGUUCCUGAAAAUUGUAGCUCUAUGUUUGAAAGUUAUAUAACAAUUUUUUAUUGAUUUCCUUUCUAUUGUACAAGUUUUUUUUAAUUGGAUGUAACUCAUGGGAUUAGUUUCCGAGAAAAAUUCUCUCUCGCAAACUGUAUUACUUGGAUUUGUUUGUUCUAUACGAAUAUAUUCAAAAUUUUAUA